GGGCCGGGGCCAGGCUCACUAGAUAAUUCAUAAUGGGCCGGGCCGAGACUACGAGACAUCAUCUCUCUCCUCGAAACCAAUCCCGUCGCGGUGGUUGUUCUGCCACGGCGAUCAUGGCCGUAGCCGCUCUCUUUAGGUUCCCCCUUCUCCUCCGUCGCAGCCUCCCGUCUCCGUCGUCUCCGUCUUAUGUAACUUACUAUCGCCGUACUGUUCUAUCCGAUGGAUUCAGCUACCGAUUACGGUCGUUUCUCCGCUAUUCAUCCUCCGACGGCGGCGGCGGCGGCGGUGGAAGUAGCGGUAACGAUUUAGGCGGCGCGAACGAUACCGGAAUCGUUGUUUCGGAAGUUCAGAUCCCCAAUUACUUGAAGUUUAGCGAUGAAGAGCUGAUGAAGCAAUGCAAAUUCGAGACCUUUAGAGUCUCAGGGCCUGGAGGACAGCACCGGAACAAGCGAGACUCCGCCGUUAGACUUAAACAUCUCCCCACCGGAAUCGUCGCUCAGGCCGUCGAGGACCGUUCACAGCACAAGAACCGGGCUUCUGCUCUUAACCGGCUUCGCACGCUUCUCGCCAUCAAAGUGAGGAACAAAGUGGACAUUGACGCAUAUUCUCCUCCUCCAGAGCUUCUUCAGAUUUUACCUCCCAAGUCAACCAUCAGAACUUCUUCUUCUGGUUCACAGAUUGGUCCCAACAAUGCUAAAUUUGUACCUGGGAUGCAAGCUUUGCUUGACGUUAUUUCUGCUUGUGACGGUUCCAUCGCUGAUUCUGCCAAAUUGCUGGGUUUGAGCACUGGUGGCUUAUCUCGUUUGAUACUCUCCCAUGAUGGUCUUCGUAUGGCAGUCAAUAGCAUGAGGGCAGCCAAGGGAAUGAAGCCUCUCAAAUAGUUGGGAUGUAUCGCCAUGUGAAAAACGGUGCUUGGGCCUUUGGACGUGUUGUAUUGGGGUUAGCUACUGCGGCUCAGUGACUACCAUUGUAUGCACCUUAUUUUGUAUAAAAAAACAAAAGUGAAAUUUUGCUUUCAUUCUAACAAUUGUUCUUCUAACAUCACACCAAAAUUAGUCACGUAUUUGAGGUGAUAUGCGUAUUUGAGGUAAUAUACUACUACAGGCUGUUCAAAUUAUUUACGGUAAUUUUUCAUCCCCUUUUGUUGUGAAUGUGUUGGAAG